AUGGCGAGCCCCGGGGCGGCCUUCUCGCUGGCCUACGGGGUGUUGUCGGCGUGCUUCGUGUUCCCGCCGGACGAGUUCCGCGCGGCGGGGCUGACGGUGUCGGCGCUGCUGGGCGGGCGGCUGGGCAGCGAGGACGCCGCCUUCGUGCAGCACCACCUGCGCAGGGGCGCCGCCACCCUCCUGGCCCACGCCCUCCUGCCCCUCGGUUACUAUGCCGGCAUGUGCUUUGCCACACCUGAGAAACAGCUCUUCAAUUUUUACCAGGCCCCCGAGGGUUGGCGAGUCUUCUUCCUAUUGGCUGUUCUUGCCCCGACAGCUGCCGGGCUCUUGACAUAUUACUGGUCCCGAAACGAUUGGAAUAACCACCCCUUGGUCAGGACGAUUUCUUUUUACGCGCUCCCCCAGUCCGGUUGGAGGGCCGUCGCGUCUUCCAUCAACACGGAGUUCCGGAGGAUCGACAAGUUCGCUACCGGGGCUCCCGGAGCACGAGUGAUUGUGACGGACACCUGGAUCAUGAAAGUGACCACAUACUCUUUGUGUGUGGCCCAGCAGCAAGACAUCGAUCUCGCGGUGGUGGAAUCGAGACAGCACGAACUCUUGCCAGACUCUAACAUGCCUGCCCAGUUCCUCACCAUCCGGGUUGCCAGCGUUAACCCCCACGUGAAGCCUUUCAAUAUCCGCUUGAAUUCGACAGAAUACGGGGAACUGCGAGAGAAGCUUCACGCUCCAAUCCGUAACGCCGCCAACGUAGUGAUCCAUCAGAGCCUCACCGACUUGUUUCUGGAAACCUUUACCUCGCUGGUGGAGACGAAUCAGCCCUACGUUCUUCCUAGCAACCAGGAGCUGGAGCCAUGCAUCGGGUGUAUGCAGAACAGUGCAAACGUCAAGCUUCUGAAGAACUGUCAAGAGCCUCGCGAAGGGGAGUGCCAGCAAUGCUAUUGCCGUCCCAUGUGGUGCUUGACCUGCAUGGGCAAAUGGUUUGCCAGUCGGCAGGACCAGCAGCACCCAGAGACCUGGCUGUCGAGCCAUGUGCCUUGCCCGACCUGCAGAGCCAAAUUCUGCAUUUUAGAUGUUUGCGUGAUACAAUGA